GAAUUACAUCAAGACUAUCACAUGAUUCGCGCUACUCAGGCGACCUUUCCAACUUGGAAAUGUUUUGUUUUACAUCACAUGAACGUAAAGAAUACCUGAUCUGAACCAUAGUUCAUCAGAUUAUACCAUGGUGCAAAAUGUUUUCACGAAUUUUCAACCUGCCAAAGAAAGAGGAGAAAAAGGAGCAGCAUUGUGAAUGGCAUGUAAACCUGGACGAUUUUCAAGCCGCCCCAAGGCUGCCAAAGAUUGGAAGAUCAAACAUUCGAGUCCUUGUAUUCAAGGACUGUGACAAGAAAGGGAAAUCUUUGGUAUUUGAUUCAGAUGCAGUCGCGGAGGUCAAGGAAGAUGAGGAGCUGUCGCCAAACGUAGCAAGAAAUAUACAAAACGCAAAGGACACACAUCCACCAUGUUCGUCAUCUCGCACCUUGCCUUCAAGAUUCAAGUUUUUGAAGCCCAAAUCGGACAUCAAGAUGCUUGGAGAGAUGAUAUUUGGCUCUGUAACAAUGGCAUACCGAGGAUCGCUGGUCAAAGUUCAUCAUAUAAGAACACCCCCACAGCUUCUACUGAGCAAGGUGUUUGCCGUUCGCUCCAGAUCCUCAGCACAGGCUGUUUGCGAUGGAAAUCAGUCCGGUAGUUUCAAUCAGUCGAAUCCUAUUAUGAACCAAGGAAGAAGCAUGUCGUCUGACUCAAUUGCAAUUCCUUCGAUGAGCAACAGUCCAGAUCGAGGGAUUAUAGGCUCAGUCACAAUACCUCGUAUGAGCACACCCUCGGUUUCAAGCAGAUCCAAUCUCAGCUUCACUUCCAAUGCUAGCUUUGAAAGCAGCCUAAAUAUUUCGGACAGCAUUUCAAGUUUGCAUUCACCAACGCCGUCACCGCGUUGUAGUUUGAACAGAAGAUGGCAGAGGAGCCAGAUGACUCGACUUGAGAAUUAUCAGCACUCAAAACUGAAAAUGGAGCAUUCGGAUGAGAUGCAGACAUAUUAUCGUCGACAACCGAAAAUAGGCGUGGGAGUCAUAUUUAAACUAUGGGAAUCGAAAGAAGAAAAAAAUAGGAUUUUUCAAAAUUUUUUGUUCACACAUUACUCGAUAUUUGAAGAGCAUGUACAAAGACUGAGAUCAGCUAUUGAAAAGAGCUUGCAUUCCAAGAAGAACUUUUUUGUAUCGGUGAUUGAGGCUGUCGAAAAUUUCAAACAAAACAUCCUUAGUUUUUACUCCGCUCCACGAUUAUUGGAGCCUGUUUGGUUAAACAUGAUGAAUAUCAGAGACAAGCAAGAGGAGAUUGCUGAACGAUUUAUCACGACGUUAAUGAAGGCAAUGGACACCUUCGAGAAAAAGGAAGAGAGCUACUUUUUGUCUUCUCUACUGACUGCGGUAUUGUCACAUCAUUUGGCUUGGGUUCCCACCGUUAUGCCUGGCGGAUCUGCCCCGAACAGGGCCUAUUUAGACAAACAUGCGUCAAUGACGCUGGAUGUACUUGCAAGAUGUCACCCAUAUAAUCCCUUAUGGGCACAACUAGGGGAUUUGUUUGGUACCGUUGGUUAUCCUCCCAAAAUUACGAAAACUGUGGUAGUUGGCAAAGACCCGACUUUGGUUCGACAAAUACUUUAUAUACUAAGUUAUUUCAUUCGUUGCAGCGAAGUUAAAGAGUAUUCAUUGAAAAUAUUAGAAAAUUUUGAUGACGAUGACUUUUCGUUGAGGUGCUGUGAUAAAUUAAGCACAUAUACAGUUACACCAACUAACACUCCAGAUAAUAGUCAGUGGAAAGAUAGUUUUCCAUCGAAACAAAAUCGAGAGUUGGUCAAUGACAAGAAGGAGAGGGACAAUACCGUCACUGAGAGUGAAAAACUGGCAGACGAUCAAGAAGAAAUUUGCAAUUGCAUGUGUUCUGUCCUCCAGAGUAUUGACUAUAUAGGUGCAAAAGGACUGCGUAACUUUAAAAAGUUGUCCAGUGUCAUAAAAACAGACAAGAGUAGGCACGUAGAAUUUAAGAAUGUCAAAAAUUCGGUGCAGGAACAUCGAGAUAAGGAUACGCUUCAUAAAAACAUCGAAGCAGAUAGAGAUUCAGGUCUAAACGACUAUAAUAAUUACAUUCAAAAACAGCCUUCUUUUAUUUGUUAUUGCUGUCCGGAUAAACAACACACCAACAAGCAGGGCACAGUAGAUGCUUUAGGACGACGCCUUCCUCGUCAAAAUAGCGGUGGAAGUAGUGAGAAUUGUUUACAGGAUGAUGAGCCUAAAUCGUGUGUUUGCGGAGACAUGGAAUCGAGCGAAUAUGGAUCCGAGACUAGGAGUAACCAAUGUACAUUGUCGAGGAACAGUUCUUGUAUAUCAUGUUUUGAUGCCUUCAGGAAAUUCGAGAUUCGAUCUCAAGAUUCCGAUUAUGCCAGCAUAAAUAAUGAAGAGCAGUGGGGCAAUGGCAUCGAGUUGGAUUUGCGAGAAAUUGAUGUUGCAGACGAGGAAAUGCGAAAAGAGGACGACGAUGAUUUGUUAUCAAUGAACCUUUUAGAGCUGCAGAUACCAGAAUCAGAAAUCGAGGCCCUUCCUCAGAGAAAUUUUGAUCAUAAAGUCGAGCUUCCUAACUUUGGAAGAUCCUUGCUUGCUGGAUAUUGCGACAAGUUUAUCGGUGACUUUGCAUUGCACGGUGUCAGGUCAAUAGACAUGAAGGCACUUGAGAAGGAACUACAUAUGUCUGUCAAAUAUUCUGUGCUGGAUGAAACAAUUUCUGAUGCAGCUUAUAUAGUUGCAGAUAUCGAUAAAAGAACGUGUCAACUUGUCUCUAUAUCAAGAAACGAAGAGCUUUUCUCAGGAUUAGGAAGUGAAAAAAUAACUAAGACAGAUCUCUUUGGUUCAUCAAUCGUCUCCGAGCUCUUGGAAUCACUCAAAGGACUUUGGCAUCUAAAUAUUCCAUUUCAGUUUUGUCUGAUGCAUUUAGAAGAUCGUUUAAAAGACAUCUAUAACACAAGCAAGGUGCUAGCCGAGUUUGCCAGAACUAAACCCGAUGCUACAACAAAAGAAAUGAUAAAAAGAAAAAUGAGGCUUACAGACAGUGACUUGGAGCUAGUUUUGGCAGCAGGCAGCACACAUUGCCAGUAUUUACAACAAAGCAUCAACUAGCUCAAUGACUGCACUUUGAAUCAGCUCAUUGGUAGAGCGAAUCAUUCGAUGUAAAAAAAAUCGUUUCGAAGGUGGAAAGAAAGACGCAGAAAAGUCUGUGUAGAGACUUUGCUCCAAAGAUUGUGUUUUUUUAAAGCAAAGUUCUAUUGGUUUCAAGUUCAUGCAAAAUGACACGAAUUUCCUAAUUAUAUGAAGUAAAUUUGUAUCUAUUUGUAUUUUAAAUCUAGUGUUGUCUUUUCAUGGCCUGUAGAUGUUAAGGGAUUUAUCUUAGGCUUAGAUUGUUGGGAGGACUUAAAAACUCCUUCUACAUCAAAACCCAACUUGUUUCCAUGUAAGGCUCCUUAUAAAAAGAAACGAAGGAAAAUAAUGUGCAGUCUAUUAAGAGAACUUUAUAAACAUUUUGCUUUUUUACAAGCUAUUUGAAAAACUAUAAAAUUUGUUUUGUCCAUCCUGUAUUUAGUUAGAUAUAAUUACUGGCAUCCUCUAUUUAGGGUGUAAAUUACGUCAAGACAAGUUUACUUGAUGUCGAACAUUUUGAAUGCUUGCCAAAAGUAAUUGAAACUUUGUGAUGCUCCGUUGAAUUAUUGACGAAACAAGGAUUUUACCUCUUCCUAGAAGAACCAACGCUAUCAUUAAGUUUUUCUCUACCUCUUACUACCCAACGAUGUUAUUGAAGUAUUUUCACCGUUAUCUGCAGAAUAUCAUGAUAUAGCAACAUGUAAGAAGGGGGUGUGGGUGGUCAAAUUCUUGUUGGAUGUGUUCCAAUAAUCUUGGCAAGGAUCAUAGGCUGGCUAAAAGGUGCAGCAGGUUUAUGCACCAGAAUAAAUUUAAUUCGUAGUCAUAAUCAUACAGUAUUUGUUGUUGGCGGAUCCAGGUUGGUCUUUAGGAGUAAUUUAUAAUAACAUAGAUUUAUAACCGUUAAUUGUUUUUUUCUUGAAACCGAAAUUAUUUAACUGCUUUGUUAACAUGUUAAAGGGAUUAUUGCUUGGGGAUGGGUAAUUGAAAGAGCUUAAGUUAGAUGCCUUUUUGAGUGACCUGUCUUAAUGAAGCUAGAAGCACAUGGUUACUGAUGAACAGCGGUUCUUCCCCUUUCAAAUAAAGAAGACCCUUUUUAGAGAAAUCUAAUCUUCAGAUUUUGCCGUAGCACAUGCUGACCAGGGUUGCGAAUUAUAAUUAAGCUUAAUUUUCUAAAUCUAUCCUAUUCAGGUUUUUACUAGAGUCUGAAUCAUGCCACUUUCCCUUAUACCGGGGUUUUUUAUUUACCAGAUCAUCCUUGUUUUGAACUCCCGGAUCACCCUGUCCAAGGCAGGACAAAUAGUUGUUCUAGGCAUUAGAAUUGUAUACAAUACCGUAAGAAGUCAACGCUACCGCUGUUUUUGGUAAACAUCAAUUUGUGCUAUUUUUCCAACAAAGGUAAUCGCUUAUUUCUGCUGUACAAUCUUAGAGCUUAUUUUCAUUGGAAAGGGGACACCCAAAGAUUAUCCCCUUCCCACAUCCCAAGUUAUCUAUUCGUGUUCAUUCCUUUCUUGUUAUAUUUUUCUUAUUAUAUACCUGUUACUUCUUUUAUCUCUUCAUCUGACCAUUUUUUCGUCGUAAACCCCGCCUUCAGCUUCUAUCCCUUGUCAGUCAGUUUCUGUGGCUGUUUGAGCUUUGGGUGUCUCCUAUACAUUAUAUAUCAUUGCUUACUCACAUCUAUGUGGAAUUUAAAUUAUUAUUAUUAUCAUCAUAUAUUUGAAUGUGUUUUGAGUACCAGCAAGCAUUUUAAAUAGUUUUUUGAAUUAACUGUGUUAUAACAAGAACGUCAAUUAUAUUUUGUUAUUUUCUGCUCACGUCGAGUAUUUCAGGUACACGAUUUCACAAAUCGCUUUGUUCAUGUAACUAUUAGCUUUGGCUGUCAAAACAAUAAUGAAAUUCCCUGAUUUCUGGAA